AUGUCGUACUACCUCACGUUGAUAGGCACGCGCGAUAACCCGCUGUACGAGACCGAGAUCACGCCCAAGACCGCCUCGACAAGCUCCACGGGCAGCGGCAUCUUUUCGACGAGCAGCAAUGCCGGUGCCGCUGCGGGCGGGAGUGCGGCCGAGUCGGUAUCUGGUAGUGGCAUGUUCGGUGGAUUGCUCUCGCGCAUUCCCACGACAGGUUCGGCGCUGACAGGUGGCAGCAGCGCCACGGCGGGGACAUCAGGGAUGCCAGCAGCAGCACAGGCCCAGAGUGCAGCAGCGGCGAAAAGGAAGCAGCGCUACGAGCUGCAGAUGAUCGCACACUCGGCGCUGGAUACCAUCGAGGACGCUCUCAUCACAAGCCCGUACCUAUAUUUGAAGAGCAUCGACCGGAUUCAGGAGUACACGACGAGCUGCUUCGUCGUUCCCGGGAACGUCAAGUUCGUGCUGCUGCACGAGCACAAGCACGAAGACGGCAUCAAGAGCUUCUUCCUCGAGCUGUGGGAGGCGUAUCUCAAGGUAUCCAUGAACCCGUUCCAGGACGCCAAUGCGCCGAUUGACAACGCCACCUUCGAUGCACGCGUGCGUGCCGCAGCAAAGAAGUUCCUUUAA